CCCGCCGGCGUGCAAAAAAGUAUAAAUGCCCCCGGCUCCCCGCCUGGGCCGUUUCCUGAUCCUUAUCUCUGCUCCAUCAGAUCAUCGGCGCCCCUGCUCCCACCUGCCCUCAUCUCCUGCUCUUCCACAAUGAACUCGGCCGUCCGAUCGUCCAUCCUCCGUGCCUCUCGCGCCGCUCCCCGUGCUCGCCUCUUCUCCGGCGUCGCUGCCCGUGCUGCUUCUGCUGCCCUCAGCCGAUCUGCCGUUGCCACCCCCGUCGCCACUCGCACCCAGCAGCGCGGUGUCAAGACCCUGGACUUUGGCGGAACCCUCGAGACCAUCUACGAGCGCGCCGACUUCCCCAAGGCCAAGCUCCAGGAGCUCUUCAAGGAUGAUACCCUCGCCAUGAUCGGCUAUGGCUCCCAGGGCCGCGGCCAGUCCCUCAACGCCCGCGACCAGGGCCUGAACGUCAUCGUCGGUGUCCGCAAGGGUGGUGUCUCGUGGAGCGAGGCCCUCAAGGAUGGCUGGGUUGAGGGCAAGACCCUCUUCCCCAUCGAGGAGGCUCUCGAGCGCGGUACCGUCAUCAUGAACCUCCUCUCUGAUGCCGGCCAGAAGGACGCCUGGCCCGCCAUGAAGCCCUACGUCACCAAGGGCAAGACCCUGUACUUUGCCCACGGCUUUGGUGUUGUCUUCCACGACCAGACCGGCAUCGUCCCCCCCGCCGACGUUGACGUUGUCCUCGUCGCCCCCAAGGGCUCCGGCACCACCGUCCGCUCCCUCUUCCAGGAGGGCCGUGGCAUCAACGCCUCUUUUGCCGUCUACCAGGACGUCAGCGGCAAGGCCCGUGAGAGAGCUCUGGGUCUGGCCGUCGCCGUCGGUGCUGGCUACAUCUUCGAGACUACCUUCGAGAAGGAGGUCCACUCUGAUCUCGUCGGUGAGCGUGGUAUCCUCAUGGGUGCCAUCGAGGGUCUCUUCCGUGCCCAGUACGAAGUCCUGCGCGCCAAGGGCCACUCUCCCUCGGAGGCCUUCAACGAGACCGUCGAGGAGGCCACCCAGUCCCUCUACCCCCUGAUCGGCAGCCAGGGUAUGGACUGGAUGUACGCCAACUGCUCCACCACCGCCCGCCGUGGUGCCAUCGACUGGGCUCCCGAGUUCCACAAGGCCACCAAGCCCGUCUUCCAGCGCCUGUAUGCCGCUGUCGAGAACGGCUCCGAGACCCGCCGCACCCUCGAGUUCUGCGGCCAGCCCGACUACCGCAAGAAGUUCGAUGAGGAGCUCAAGGAGAUUGCCGAUUCGGAGAUGUGGCGCGCUGGUAUCACCGUCCGCUCUCUCCGCCCCGAGAACAGCAAGUCGCAGAACUAAGCGACCGAGUUCUGGUCCCGUCCAGCUGCGUCGGAGCAUUCCUUGCGCACGGCUGCUGCUCAGCGGCGGAGCCUCCGAUUCCCACCGCCGUUGCCCCCAUCUCCUCCUCCCCCCCUCCAGCACACCUUUACCGCAUCUAAUUGACUGUUUCUCCGUCGCUUUGCCGCGCAUGGGGUGUCUGGCUUUGUAGGCCCUUUUGCGCCCGUGUCCAGCCGUAUUUCAUUUUUUGGUUCUUGUUCAUUCACUCGACCCGUGUUGUGAUCACGAUCUAUCAAUACACACCCCCUACUUGCUGCUUAAGCGAACUUUGCGCUGCUUACAGC